CGCGCACUUCCAAUCGCAUCAAUUUGUAAACAAUUUUAGAAAAAUUGCGAUUUUGCUCCGUUUCGCCAUAGUUUAAAGUGUGUUAAACUUUGCGUUUUAUGCAAGUGUAAAUAUUGUUUGUUCCGUUUGUUUUGAUCCCGAUCUUCGCACCCUGGACAGGAGAGGACGUUCGUCCUUCCCAGGUCAGACGGCACCAUGUUUCAAAUAAUCAAAACUGGCCACUCCAAGACGCAGCAGCAACCGCAACUGCAUUACGUAGAUUUCUUGCGGAAGGAUUGUUCUUCACCGCCACCGUUGGUGCUGAGCGCCGCUGCAUACACGCACAUGAGUGCUGGCGGAAAGCGCCAGUUUGUUAAGGUCAAUGAGGAGAUGUUUGUGAACGAGAUCAAGAAACGGCCCAUUCUGUACAAUACGACACUGAAGGAUUACAAGAAGAUUACUACCAGGCACGAAGCGUGGGCCGAAGUGGCUCUGGCGAUGAAUUUGUCCGAGAGCGAAUGUAAGAAACGGUGGCGAAGUCUGAGGGAUGCUUUCAUGAAAGUGGUCCGGAACAAGAAUGAGGACGAAAGGAAAACGUGGCUGCACUAUCGGUUGCUGGAGUUUCUACUGCCAUAUUUGGGGAACAGAACGAGAAGACAGUCGAGAACGGUUGGGAUGAUGGAUGGAUUUGAUAAUGACGAGGAUACAGAAUACGUGGAGAUUGAAGAGGACAUGGAUAUCUUCGAGGAAAGCAGGGAACCGAUAACGGUGUCGUACGUGACGGAAGAUGGAAAGGAGGUUUUCCAAAUGCUGCAAGAUCCGGACACCAUCCCGGAAGGUGCCGUUAUAGGAAUCGAAGAGACGGAAGACGAGGGCGAAGACGAUGACGAUAUGUUCCCGAAUAUGCAGCACUCGCAAGAGAUUACACCAAAUGAAAAUCUGCAUUCUCAGGACAAUCACGCCGGUAGCUUUAUGUACGAAGAACGAUUAGACUCCACGAUGCUCGAGCUGCAGGAAACGUUCGAAUCCACACAGCAACCGUCGUUCGCAGAAAGUAGGGGGGAAGAUAUAAAACAGGAAGCCCUGUCAGACGCUGAUGGAUCCGAGAUUCACGUAGAGGAAAUAGAAAUGGACUCACUAAUAUCAGACCAACACGAGGACUAUCACACCGAUACUCAAUCAGAAGCGCAGCAUCUCAUGGAAUCCAUGGCACCGAGUAUACGAGCACCAAGUCCUUCAGAAGAUCUGAUAGAACCCAUUCAAGUCAAAACCUCCACAGCUCCAACUGUGGAACUUCCUUCAGUUCCACAAGCAACGUCGAAUUCUGUAUUGUCACAACCUGCUGGCGAACCAGAGGUUGCACCCGUACAUAUAAGUGCUGCUCCAACUCCUUCCCUACCGCAGCGAGAAGAACCACCGAGUUUUGAACAGCGAGAAUCGGAUCACAAAUCGUCGUUCUCCAGCUGUAUGGACUCGGACGAACGAUUUUUGCUGUCCUGUGCGCCCAUCCUGCGACGGUUACCCAACAAAAAGAACCAACUGGCUCGCUUAAGGAUACAACAACUUCUGUUCGAAUUGGAGUACGAUGAAAAAUAUAGUAGCUAGUAACUAUAAUAAAAGCUACUGAUGUGAAAACCAACGGAAGUU